UGUUAGCAGUCCUACAAGAAUGCUAAACACACAACUACUCUCUAUACAAAUAACAAUAGCCACCACCACCACCACCACCAAUGGUCACAUUAACCACAACCAUGACCACGGCCAAAACCACCACCACCACCACCUGCCUGCUCAUUAUCACGGCCAUCUUCCUGGCGGCACUUCCACGCAUCGAAGCACAACCACUGUCUCCCGCCCCUGAGCCACUGGCUGCUCCUUCUCCUGGGCCAGAUUGCCUCACGUCUUUGGGGACCAUGGCCGAUUGCCUAACCUUUGUGGACUAUGGGAGUAACUUGACAAAACCGGACCCGGCCUGCUGCCCGGAGGUGGCAGAGCUGGUAAACAACCAACCAAUAUGCCUGUGUAAGAUGCUUGCCAACUCUACUCAAUUUGGUAUCUCCAUCGACAGGAAUAGGGCCCUUAAGCUGCCCUCCGUUUGUAGUUUCACCACUCCUCCGGUUAGCUUGUGUGCAGCUAUUGGUGUUCCAGUAGCAGAUUCAGCACCAAGCCCUUCAGCAGGUGGAAGCCAAUCUCCUGGAAGCCCAAGCUAUUUCCUCAUUGGAUUUGCACUUGUUUUAUUCACAUCUUUCUUUUAAGGGUAAAUUACAAUGAUAUCUCUUGAAAUUUUUCAUAAUUAUAAAUUUCUUAUUGUUUAAAAAAAUAUAAAUACUUCUAAAAUUAAUGAUCAUCUAACAAAAAAUCCCUCGUAAUAGUGAUUGUAGAGGGUAUGUGUUAGACAAUCGUUAAUUUCAGGAGAAUAUUUGUAAUUUUUCAAAUAAGAUAUCAAUUAUAAUAAAUUUCAAAAGAGCCCAUUAUAAUUUACCCUGUUUUUAAUCAUACUAUGUAUUUCUUGGAGUUGAUUUCUUGAUUUUCAUUUGUAUGAUGUAGCAACUCUGAAUAAUAUCCAGAGUUUGAUUUAUGGUUUUAAAUUCAGAGCUACUCAUAUUUCCUAGCAAGUGAUAUUGUGUGUGUUUUUUUUAUUCUCCUGUUUGGAGUUCUGAAACAAUUUACAACUU